CGUACAUCAGAGCUCUUCUGUCAGUCAACCUGUCUACGGAAAUCAACCGAACAGUAUGGGUCAACCGUUUGGACAGUCUUGGUUAAACACGUCAUCAGUUUACCAAUCACCACCCACGAUUCGCACUAAUUUACUGCCGAUCAGUCAACCGCUAAAUGUUAAUCCGAAUGUGAGUGCUGCCAGUGGAUUAAAUCAGAGUUAUGCAUACGGUAACAUGCUGCCAUUUCAAGGCGCUAUGACGAAUACCAUUAUGCCGAGCCGACUGACAGCAGAACAAAUUGCAUCACGACACGUCGUAAAAGAUUUGCCUAACUUCAGUGGCAAUCCUAGAGAUUGGGGAUUAUUUAUUAGUGCGUAUGAUACUGCUAACGAAACGUGUGGAUUCAGCAACAGUGAAAAUUUGUACCGACUUCAAAGAAGCAUAAAAGGCGACGCUCGCAGGGAUGUGGAGAAUCUUUUACUGCAUAAAGAUUCAGUGCCAAAGAUAAUUGAUACGUUACGUUUGCUGUAUGGACUGCCUGAACACGUAGUUGAAACGGCAAUUCAAGAUGUUGAAAAACUUCCUCCGCCGAAAGAAGAUGAUUUGCGGUCGUUAAUCAAAUUUGCCAUGGCCGUUCAGAACAUGAGCGCAACAAUUCAACAUACUGGGGCAUUGGAACACUUACGGAAUCCCAACCUAAUGAAGUCGAUAAUCGGAAAGCUUCCCAGUCAACAUCAAUUAAACUGGGCCUUCUAUCAAGCAUCAAUAGUCAACGCAAAUAUUAGUCAUCUGGGAGACUGGUUAUAUAGAAUUGCUGAAGUUGCCAGCCGAGUUGUUCGCGUUACCAGUAAAACAGCAAAACGAAACGAUGCAUCUGAUAACAACAACAAGAAUUCGAAUUCAAACAAGUCAAAUCCUUUCGUCAACUCACAAGUGGAAACAGAACCGGGCAACAAAUCGCAAGUAGAAACAGAACCUGUCAACAAACCGGAAAGCAAUGUGUCAAAAAACGAUACCAAAAAGAAGUGUCCAGCUUGCAGUAGCAACAAAUGCACCAAGUUAGAGAACUGCAAAAAGUUCAAAGAUGCAAAUCGUGACGAAAGGUGGACAAUAGUGAAAAAAGGACAACUGUGUGGGCGAUGCUUUGGACUACACAAAUAUUACCGUUGUCAGUCAAGUCAAAGAUGUUCGGUAGACGGGUGUAAGCUUAAUCAUCAUACGCUGUUACACAAAAGUCAACCAACCUCCGAAGCUACGUCGAAUGAUACAAAAUCAAAAGACACAACGGAUUCGAACAGGAAAACGUGCAAUUCUCAGCGAUCCAAAUUUAGUCAACGAACCGAUAAAUUUCGUAUCGUUCCGAUAAUGCUGUACAACAAGAACAAGAAGAUACGAGAUUAUGCCUACCUGGAUGAAGGUUCCAAUAUGACAACGAUGGAGGAAAGCCUGGCUGAGGAGUUAGAGUUAACAGGCUCUGCUAACAAGUUAUGCGUUGAUUGGGCCUUCGGGAAAACUCAUUCGGUCGUCGAUUCAAGAACGGUUACCGCAAAAAUUUCCGGAUAUUUCGACAAUGCUCCUCGUUUCAACAUAGCAAAUAUUCGGACUGUCAAACAUUUGCAUCUUCCCACCCAAUCAAUAACGAAUAGUUGGUUGGAGCGAUAUCAACAUUUCAAAAAUGUUCCAAUAACCACCUACGAUGAUGCCAAGCCAAGAAUUCUAAUCGGAUUGCAGUAUUCAAAGCUUAUUACGUCAAUGGAAACAAUUGAAGGAAAAGACAACGAGCCAAUCGUUUGUCGUACACGGCUAGGUUGGGUUGUGCAAGGCCCUACUUAUGAAACAGACGAAGUAAAAGACCAUCCGACGUUCAGUGUCAAUAUGUGCGUAUGUCAAUCCAAUGAUAACGAGCUUCAUCAACUGGUCAAGGAAUAUUUCACCAUGGAACAUCUUGGCAUUAGAAUUCCGGAAAAUCGUUUGGAAUCUCCAGAGUUGCAACGGGCUAGAAAUAUUUUGGACGCCACUACAGUCAAGAAAGGUGAUCGUUACGAGACGGGCUUAUUGUGGAAACAAGACGAAAUAAAUUUACCCGAGAGCUACAAUAUGGCAUUGAAGCGGCUUGAAUGCUUGGAAGCAAAAAUGGAAAGGGAUCCAGCGCUUAAAGAAAAUUUACACAACCAAAUAAAGCAAUUCGUUGAAAAAGGCUACAUCCGGAAGCUGUCAACCGAUGAAAUAAAAAAUUGUCAGUAUCCGGUCUGGUAUUUACCAACCUUUCCGGUUUUUAAUCCAAAAAAGCCUGAAAAAGUUCGUCUGGUCUGGGAUGGCGCGGCAAAAGUCAAAGGUACAUCACUCAAUUCCAAGCUGCUUGUUGGUCCGGACGAAUUAGUUCCAUUGCCAGAACUACUUCGACGUUUCCGAGAACGUAAAAUUGCAGUCACAGGAGAUAUUGCUGAAAUGUACCAUCAAGUACUAGUGCGUGAAAGUGACCAGCACGUUCAACGAUUUUUGUGGCGAGAAAGUCCAUUAGCUGAACCUGACAUUUAUGUAAUGAUGGUCAUGACGUUUGGAUCGACCUGCUCGCCAAGCUCAGCUCAACAUGUAAAGAACAAAAACGCGAAAGAGUUUCAAGAUGACUAUCCACGAGCCGUCGAAGCGAUUGUCAAUAAUCACUACGUCGAUGACAUGAUCGAUUGCACCGAUACAGUCGAUGAAGCAGAACAAUUGGUCACGAAUGUCAAGAAAAUUCAUGCAGCUGGAGGCUUCAACAUUAGAAAUUUCACUUCUAAUUCAAAGAAGCUGCUGGAAAGAAUUGGGGAGAACGCAAUUCUUCAAAAGAAAGACCUAAAUAUCGGCAAUGAGCUUGGUAAAGAACGCGUUUUGGGCAUGUUUUGGAAUACCGAUACCGACACCUUUACCUAUUCACUCAAGUUCGCCAACAUUAAUCCGAAAAUGAUAUCUGGAGAAUAUUGUCCGACAAAACGAGAGGUGCUGCGUGUAUUGAUGUCAGUUUUCGAUCCUCUUGGACUCAUAGCCAAUGUUUUGGUAUUCGGUAAAAUUCUGCUGCAAGAAGUUUGGAGGAACAAGAUCGAAUGGGACGAAAAGCUUCCCUUACCACUUCAUAAUAAAUGGAUCAGUUGGAUUCGUGCACUGUUGCACGUUGAAAAGUUACACAUUCCUCGGUGGUACUCAACCAAGCUAGUGCCUGACGUACAAAAUUCCAUUCAGUUACAUACAUUUGUCGACGCCAGUGUUGAAGCCUGUGCUGCUACAACGUAUUUACGCAUCGAGAACGAACAUGGAGUAGACUGCUGUCUGGUGAGUGCAAAGACCAAAGUCGCUCCAACUAAGCAAUUAACGGUACCUCGACUGGAGCUGCAAGCAGCUGUAAUUGGAACAAGACUGGCUGAAAACGUGAAGAAAAGCCAAACGUUCGCAAUCGAUAAACACGUUUUUUGGACAGAUUCACAAACGGUAAUGGCAUGGAUAAAUUCAGAGACACGCCGAUACAAUCAGUUCGUUUCGUUCCGUAUUGGCGAAAUUUUGGAGGUCACUGAUCCGAUUCAAUGGCGAUGGGUCCCAACGAAACAUAAUGUCGCUGAUGAGGCAACAAAAUCAAAAAUUUUCUCGCAAUUGGAUGCCAAAUCACGGUGGUUCAAGUCGCCUGAAUUUUUGUACGGAAGUGAAAAGAGUUGGCUCAGUCAAACCAAGAAAUUUUCCACUGAAGAAGAGUUACGUCCAUCGUUCGUUAUGGCAAUGCGUGUAAUUCACCAGGAGCAGCUCAUUGAUUUGAAUCGAUUUUCGCAAUGGAAUCGGUUAGUUCGGACUCAAGCGUUUGUACUUCGAUUUAUUCACAACGCAAAAAACGUUAAGCAAGAUCGAUGGGUUGGAAUACUAUCACAGGAAGAGCUGAUUCGAGCAGAAAAUAAAUUGUAUCAACGAGCUCAGCGAGAUACCUUCUUGGAUGAAAUUUUAGUGUUGAAACACAACGAAACAGCAAGUACGCAAAAGGAUGAAAAAGAAUUCGAAAGGUCAAGCGAAUUAAGAAAUCUUUCACCGUAUUUGGACGAACAUGACAUUCUGAGAAUGAAAGGACGGAUUGAUGCUGCAACGUCGAUUGCGUACGACACUAAACGUCCAAUCAUCCUUCCUCGUCGUCAUCGUGUGACAACCCUUUUGGUGGACUCGUACCAUAGACGGUACAAACACAUAAAUCAUCAAACAGCGUUAAACGAGAUUCGUCAAAAAUAUGUCAUCCCCGCAUUACGUGUAGUAAUGAAAGGAAUUCGUACGUCGUGUCAACAAUGUAAAAACGCUUCAUCUAAACCACGGAUUCCGGAAAUGGCUGCUCUACCAUCAGCCAGACUUGCCACACAUACGCGACCAUUUACAUUCACAGGCGUCGACUAUUUUGGACCAUAUCCCGUCAAGGUCAACCGCAGUGUUGUUCAGAAAUAUGGCGUACUGUUUACAUGUUUAACUACAAGAGCAAUUCACCUCGAAGUAGCAGACUCACUCAAUACCAAUAGUUGCAUUAACGCCGUCAUACGAUUUUCUGCUCAAAAAGGAACUGCAAGAGAGUUCUUCAGCGAUAAUGGGACAAAUUUUCACGGAACGGAUAAUGAAUUGAAAAAGGAAUUCGACAAAUUGGAUAAAGACAAGAUUCAGCAGCGCUUCACAUCACCGGAGCAAAAGUGGCAUUUUAUUCCACCUACAGCGAGCCAUAUGGGUGGAACAUGGGAACGCUUAAUUCAAACAGUAAAAAAUUGUCUUAAGCAAAUGUUAACCACCAAGACUCCAAAUCAUGAAAUGCUGGUAACAUUGAUGGCAGAAGUGGAAAAUAUCGUCAACUCAAGACCAUUAACGUAUAUUUCACUGGAUUCGGAUAGCGACGAAGCGUUAACACCCAACCACUUUCUGUUUGGUUCAUCAAAUGCCAUGAAGCCAAUUGGAGAAACUACACCGCGAGAUCUCAACCGAAAUGAUUGGCGUGCGUUACAAGAGAUGACGAAACAUUUUUGGCAUAGAUUCGUACUGGAGUACAUGCCCGACUUGACGAAACGAACGAAAUGGUUUAAGAAAGUGGAUCCGAUCAAAGUCGGCGAUGUGGUGCUGAAUAUCGAUGAGCGAAAUCCGAGAAAUACGUGGCCAAAGGGAAUUGUCGACGAAGUCAUCAUCGCAAAAGAUGGUCUCAUCAGACAAGUUGUGGUCCGGUUCGAGAAAAACAUUUUACGAAGACCCGUGUCCAAAUUAGCCAUCCUAGAUGUUACGCCGCCCAACGAAGAACAGGAGGUUAAGGUGAAUCAGAUGGAGUCACUUAACGGGGGGAAGAAUGUUGUGCAGCAGUCAAAGGAUGUCAACACUGAUCUGAGUCAUAUGAUUUCGCCUGAAGUAUUGUCAGAUGAACUGACAAGUCGGUUCCCGGAAGAAGAAAAAGAAAAUAAUUUCUAACUAUAAGUCGAGGUUCAUUUGCAAGCAUAGUAUACGAACGAAGUCGCUCGUAGUAAAUUAAAAUCCAAAUUUAUUCAGAAGUUAUCGAAGUGAUUAGAGAUAAGGAGAAAUCGUUUUUAACUAUGAUGCGUGUGUGCUAACGUCGUUUCAUUUGUUUUUUCUAAUUUGCGAGACUAGCUGUAAAGGUAAAACGAUUGAAAUGUGAUGGCGUACCAUGUGCGUGAAAUUGAAGAUUUUUCUUUACUUUAGGCUUACGUCUCUAUUGAAUUGAAGAAACGGCGACGAAUUUGUUCUUAGCUAAUAGGUGAACGAAUUCAGGUAAUUUGUUUGGUCGUCGCAUUGAAAAUUUCAGUACUAAAGUAGAUUUGCAUUUAGAUUAGCCAAAGAGUACGCACACGCAUAUACAGCCGUUAAGAAACGUAGUCGUUCUAUCAAAGGGAAACUAAACAAAUUUGAAGUUUCUUUACCGUGGAAACUGAUCAAUAAAUUGUUAAGCAUCAAUUGGAUCGUGUUUCAAGUUACUAUCAGAUUGAACUCCCUUAUGAUACGCCGUUGAGACGAUUCUCAACAC